AAGCAAAUUUUUGGUCAGGAGAGGAGGAAAGAUCAGGAAUCGCCGACUUAACUCUUUUUUUUUUUCUUCUUCGUCCUCAGAAUCGCCGAAUAUAAAUGAUUCGAAACAGUUUCUUCUUCGUUAUCGCCGGCUUAGGGUUUUCUCCUCUAUAAGCAUAUCUAUCUUCUCUAGUCGUCUUAUCUCCCUCCGUGAUUUGUCGUUUAGCUUUCGAAGAAAAACCCUUGCCUGAGCGAUCGAUCCGAAUAUUUCAUCAGGAACUUUCUUGCCGACGGGUGUAGAAACUUACUAAGACGGUGGCGUUUCUUCUCUGAUUGUGUUUAUUUUAUAUGACAAAGAAGAUGAACACACUUGUCUCUAUCUAUCAGACUCUAACUGUUUCCGUUGGUGUUUUUUAAUGCUGUCGGCAAGGCACUAUCUUUAGGACUUACAGCGAGUUAGAGCUACAGUUGACUUUUUCUUUCAAGGUUAUAGGUUUAGCGUUGUUAACAACUAGAUAUGGAAGUCAAGAUCGUCAAGGGGUUGGAUAGUAGAUGUGAAAAUGGUUUCGGUAAGAAGAGGAAGCGCCCACCAAGCUAUGCUGCUUAUGUUAAUGGAGUAUCGUGUGCCAAGCUGCAAGAUGUUCCCCCACCGAACCCGCAGAGCCAACUUCCUGACAAAAGAAGGAAAUUGGAAGGUGAAAACAAGAUUUGUUCUUCUGAGAAUCGCUCUGGGAAGUCGCUUGUCAGAUACUACACUUACUUUAAGAAGUCAGGGAUCGCAAAGCGUGUUAUGAUCUACGAGAAGGGUGAAUGGAAUGAUGUUCCCGCUCAUAUUAUCUGUGCCAUCCAGAAGGAUUUAGAUGAAAAGAGAGCAGCAAUUGAGUUUGAGUGGUGUGGUCAUCGUUUUCUCUUGGAUUUCUUGCACAUGUAUAAGCUAGAUUUGGAAACAGGGUCAAAAACUCCGCUUGCAUGGAUUGACAUUGGAGGCAAAUGUUUUUUCCCUGAAAUUUACGAGAGCGAUGAAAGGAACUAUUGCUGCCGUCGUAACUGCACUGAAGAUUUGAAACGGUCUUCUUCGCAUGAGAUCAACUUGCGCCUUGAGAUUGAUGUUAACGGUGGGGAGUCACCGAGGUUGAAUUUGGAGGAGUGCAGUGAUGAAGCUGGUGACGGUAUGGAUGAUGUUCCAGCAGAGGAUAGCUGCAGCCGUAAGAUUGGAGCUGCUGUUUCGAAAUGGGAUGAGACGGAUGCUGUUGCAGUCUCUGGUCCUAAGCCUGCUGGAGCCGAAGGACUUGAUAAAGAUGCUGUUCAAAAGAUGUUUGCCAUAGGUACAGCUUCUCUAGGGCCUGUAGCCGUGCUUGAUGUUGGCCGCUUUUCCAGUGAGAUUGCUGAAGCUCGUCUAGCUCUUUUCGAGAAGCAGGUUGAAAUCACUAAGAAACGUCGAGGGGAUGCAAACGUUAGAUACGCAUGGCUUCCUGCAAAGAGGGAAGUCUUAUCUGCGGUUAUGAUGCAGGGACUUGGAGUUGGAGGAACAUUUAUUAGAAAGUCCAUGUACGGUGUUGGAAUACAUCUAACUGCUGCGGACUGCCCUUAUUUCAGUGCUAGGUACUGUGAUAUUGACGAAAACGGAGUACGAUACAUGGUUUUAUGCCGUGUAAUAAUGGGGAACAUGGAGCCUCUUCGUGGUGACAAAGCGCAGUUCUUCUCUGGUGGAGAAGAAUAUGACAAUGGAGUGGAUGAUGUCGAGAAACCAAAGAAUUACGUUGUGUGGAACAUCAAUAUGAACACCCAUGUAUUCCCGGAAUUUGUUGUUAGGUUCAAGCUGUCUGUUCCCACCAAUGCUGAAGGUAAUUUGGUUGCUAGGAAUGAUAACUCGGGUGUAACUUUGGAAGGACCAAAGGAUGUUUCUCCACAGUUGGUGUCACACGGACCUGAAGGAGGUUCAGGGAGCGGGAGCGCAAACAGUGUUGGUUCGAGCACUACGAAACCCAACUCUCCACGGAUGCCUUUUCCUGUUGUGUUUGCAGCAAUCUCACAUAAGAUUUCAGAGAAAGACAUGUCUUUAAUCAAUGCUGACUACCAACAACUGAGGGGGAAAAAGAUGACGCGAGCAGAGUUUGUGAGGAAACUGCGUGGGAUCGUAGGAGAUGAUCUCCUUAGGUCCACCAUAACAGCUCUUGAAAACCAGCCAAAGUUGACGAAUGAUAUUCCGGGAAGCAUGAGAGAGGUUGAACAAGGUGCAGGCGGGAUGAUGAUAUGAUGAUGAUGACGAAUAUCAAAAGGAAGCCGCUUUUUAUCUUACCCCUCCCUUUGUGGUUGUUAGUUAUCCUUUCGACUUCUUUAUAUAAUGUCUUUUCUCUAACUUUUAGUAGACUUUUGGUUCUUACGUCUGUGUUUGGGUCGGGGGGUUAUGAGUUGAAUGUGCCGACUAUUCUGUCGUGAAAAAAAAAACGUACUUGUCAUAUUGAUGUCGUUGGGUCUUUCUUUUAUUAGUUGCAAAACCUUGUUGUGGAAGUCGUUGACUGUUGAGUCUAUUGUCCAAGUUCUCUUUACUGUUAUUUAUAAUUCUUCGGUUUACCUUAUA